AUGAAGCAACGAAUGAAUGUAGCCCUGAAAAGGUGGUAUUCAUCAGAAAGGACAAAGAACGCGAAACCACUAAUCUUAAUUUCGAAUAAUCAAAAUAUACAUUUUAAUUUAUCCUUAGAAAACUUCCUACUAAAUAAUUACAGCGACUUGUUGAAAUACUUAAAUGUGAACACAGUUGAAAAGUUUGACAACCCUGUUCUGUUCUUAUGGAGAAACAACAGAUCCAUUAUUAUUGGAAAAAACCAGAAUAUAUGGAGCGAGUGCAAUUUAGAAAAUAUAAAAGAAGAUAAUGUUUUAGUGGCUCGUAGGUUUACAGGUGGAGGAGCAGUCUACCACGACCUGCAAAAUCUUUGUUUCACAUUUUUGAAUAAUACCCUAAAUACAGAUAAUAAUUUCUCCAUCAUUUUAAAAACUUUGAAAAGGCACUUCGCCAUUGAUGCGAAAAAACAGGGAAGAAACGACAUAACUGUGAAUGAUCGAAAGUGCUCAGGUUCUGCAUUUAAGAAAAUAAAAAAUGUGUUCCUUCACCAUGGAACUAUAAUGGUGAACCUUCAGAAGGAUGUUCUACAAAUGUAUUUAACUCCGGAUAAGAUAAAAUAUAUAAAGCAUGGUGUGUCUAGUGUUAAUGCGAGGACUAUGAACCUGAAGGAGGUAAAUCCGAAUAUUACUUGUCAGAAUUUAUGUCAUGCGCUGAUUAAGGAAUUUCAAGCGUUUUACAAAAAUGAGGUGUCCGAGGAGGGAGAAGAGAGCCACACUACUACGCUAAAUGUAGAAGACUACAAUGAUGGGAAUGAGGGUGCCACUUCAUCCGAACAGCUUAGCAUGAACCUCAAAGAAGGGGAAAAGAACCUAGAGAACUUAGUCGACAACUCGUCCCCCAUUUCAAGCCAUUUUAAUAUUCAUUACAUAGACACAAAUGAAAGCAUUACGAAAAAUCCAGAAUUUCUAAAAUAUUUUAAUCUCCUAAAAGAUUGGGAUUGGUGCUAUGGAAAAACUCCAAAAUUUCAGAACCGAUUAUGUAAACAAUUCAAUUUUGGAAAAUUCGAAGUUUUUUUUAACGUAUCUGAUGGGAUGAUUAAGGAUGGAAAUAUUUUUUCUGACUGUUUGGACGUCAACUUAGUGGAACAGUUAAAGUUAAUUUUUAAUAACGAUGUUAAAUAUUCGAAGGACAGCGUGGCUUCUUUUUUAAGUGGUUUGCAAGUGGACAAUAAGGAAACACUGUCGGAAAUUUCAGAGUGGAUUUUGCAGGAACUCUGA